GCAGAAAUUGAUCACGUGAUAAUAGCAGACGGCACAAGGAACAACAAGCCUAUGAAUCUUUGUUUACAUUUGGUAGACGAUGUACAUCUUAGAUCGCUGAUUGUUGUUACAGAAGAAAAGGAACUAAAAGGUGAAUAUGAUCCUGAUCUAUGUUCAAUGGAAUAGCAGUGACUUAAAGAGAUCAUGGGGAUAUCUUGUUCACAUGAUACACUGACACACUCAUCCAGAGAAGCUGACCAGAAAGACUUCUACCAACAGAUGUGUUUAGGGAAGCGAGGCCAGUUACUCCAUGUCUGCUCUUACAGCAAGUGGACUCACACUCGCCGCAUACAAUGUGGUUUCACUGAUCGAGCUGACUACACAACACCACGUGAUUCUCAUCAUCGUUAUGGCAUCCUGGUUAAGCCAGAUACAACUAAUGGACGAUAUUUCUCUGUCACAUGGAAAUCAAACACAGAAGUUCAGCUGAAAGAAAAGUCUGUACUUUCCUCAUUUUCGGUAAAAGUUCCACGUAUACCCUCCGCUGGUGAUCAUAACAGGCACCACCAGUGGUUUCAUUCUCGCAACAAUAGGCGACACAGAGAAUGCAGUAUUGUAGCCUGUUAUGGCAAUAUGGCUGUCAUGCAGGUCAAUUCAGACAGACAUUUUGUAACAGGAAAGUUUUAUAUCUUGGACCUGCAUAAGCAGAUCUGCCUUGGCUAUUUCUUAGUUUUAUACCACACGCGUAGGUGGUAUGAAGUGUACAUAUCACCUUCCAAGAUAUGCAUUCUUUUGCGCCCUGAUCACCUUACACGCAUAGUGGUUCAUCCUGAUAUUUAUGUGAUACAAAAUGUUCAUGUUUUUGAGGGUGCUGGACUUUUAAGGAUCUCUCAUAUACCUAGUUUUUUGCGGGCUCACUCUUUGGCUUUUAAUCCAAUUUUGGGUGAUGGUGCCAUGAUUCUUGGGCUAGGUCGUGACAUUGAGGUUCGAUCAUGUCAUGGUGACUGGCCCAUUCUUCAGCAACACUCCAAUCUCAAUUUACCUGCUGACAUACAGCAGAUACGAACUAGUGCUCAUGGCAACUUCUUAGCUGUUCGCUGUGUACAUCCUGUGCAUAGUAGAGAAUACUUGACCAACUAUGUAGUGGUGCUGAGCUUUCCACAAAUCUCUGUUCUCAUGCAGCUAGAUGCUCGUGGAUGUUAUUGGCCAGUGUCAGAAGUGAUCAAUCUUCAGGUGUUUCCACGGUUUUCCCCAAGUGAAGCCUGUGUGGCAGUUAUGCGUAACUGUCACUACAAGCGGAGAGUGUUUGUUUACAAAUUACCAACAUUGAUCAACAGCCUGCAGGAGCUGUGUCGACGUGCUGUACUUCAUCUUGUUUCAUUGCAAGACCUGAAUAAGUUGCCACUGCCUAUAAAGCUGCUUGAGUACAUUCAGGGUGGAGCAGAACCCAGCAUUGUAUACCGAUCAUCAGACAGUUUAGAGUGAAUGCAUAUGUACUGCACUUUAGAUCAUCACAACUUUGUGUGUACAUGGAUAAACCACAAUUUCAAAGGUCUCUUUUACUUAUCAAACUAUGUAUACAUUUUUUCCUAUUAAAAUUAACUUUUAAAAAAUACUCAUUUUAAACCAGUUCCAGCAAAUGAUGCAUUAACCUUGUAUUCCUUGUUUGGAACAUCAAAUCAAAUCAAACUUUAUUGUCUGUCGAGGAAGCCCAAGACAGAAAUUUUUCUUUUGCUUACAAACACCUAUAAUAGGACAGGCAGGCAUACAUACUCAUACAGACAUUUAACACACAUGCGCACCUACCCAUUCUCACACAUAAAUAGGUAACUUCACAGGAUGCCAGUAGACCUACUAGCCUUUGAGUCUUUUUAAGAUGGUGAUGGUGCUGGCACGAAGGACCUUUGGUAGGCAGUUUUUCAUACACGUGGCACUUUAUAGUGCCUGCCUGAGGGCAACAGCUGGAAGUUGGGAUGGAGAGGGUGCGUUAGGUCCGAAACGAUGUUAUAUGCCAUAAUAAUAAUAUACAUUACUGUUGGUGAAUAGGUUGCUUUGUUUUAUUGUAUUGUUUUUGGUUGAAAUUUUUAACUAAAGUUUAGUACAGUAAAGAAAACCUUAAGUAUCUUGGUAUAUUGUUUUUUUAAUGUUACCUCUUGUAGUAAACAUCGUUUAAUAUUGUGCUUUAUAAUCUGAAAAUGGUAGUGCUAGGUUGUCAGUGUGAUUUAAGAUUUUAGUUCAUUGCAUGUUUGGAAUGUUGUAUUACAAAAGGUGAAGCAACUUCAUUCUUUUCAUCGUAUUUUCAGGGAAAACAAGAACUCACUGCAAUGAAAUUGGUUGAUUAAGAUUUGUUUAUAAUUUUAUACUUAAUAGUUUACUUCUAGAACAUGUAUAAAAAAAGAAUUAGAUCCAUAAAUACAUACUUUGUAAUACCCUAUCAGUUGUAGUGAGCACCGUUAAUUUCUAUCAAUGCCAUUGGUUCACAUGGGGAGUAAAGUAGCAAGGGAAGUAAAAAAGUAGUGAGGGAAGUGGUUUCUGAAGCUGUCUAAACAAUAAUUUUGGCCAAGGUACUCAGUCACUAAUGGUUAACAAAUUUGUCUUGGUAACAGGGUCUUUUCUUGACCACUUGACACCAGAAAUGACUGCCUGCCAUUGUAAAUAAGAAGCUUCUUAUUGUUUCUUGAUGGGAAGUAUGUUUUCAACUGAGAGAUGUUUAACAGAUUCAUUACAGAUCUUGGGUGUGAAUUAAUCAGUAGCUUCACUUUCUGCCUGCUCAAAAUCAUUUUAGAGCUUUGUAACAAAAACUUGAAUCUUUCUACUAUAUAAUAGUUUAUAAUAUAAGCACUGCUAUUUUUUAGACCGUGAAUCACUUGGUUAUAAUUUGAAAUGUUGAAAAUGAAAGGACGAUGUAAGGCUACAGAAGUUUUGAUGGACUCAUAAAUCAAGUCACAGGCCGUUAAGUUUCUGCGCUGAUUAUCAAAAUCUUAACUCUUCCUAGACAGUCCGUGCCUGCAAAUGCGAAUGUCAUCAUCACUAUAGCUCAGAUGCAUUGAUACCCAUAUUGAAUGACCAAACUAUGCCACAUUAAUUACAGAAUUAUUGUUUCCAAAAGACAUUUGAUUGUUUUAGUAUCUCCAUAAAGCAGUUUGUCACCAUGCAAAAUCAGCCUUUCUUGACAUUUCUUUGGCAUGGCUGAUGCCUGUUGGAUGGAGGUGGCAGGAGAAUGGGGAAAUCAAGUCUUCCAAACUCCAGCAUUAAUCUGAAAUAGACCUUUUGUCAGAGCAAUUGUGUAUGUCUUUAAACAAGUUAAAGUGUAGUGCACUCUAAUGAGGCUUUUAUCUCUCUUAACCAUGCUUUUCUUUACCAUUAAAUUAUUAAAUUCAAAAAUAUUUAGGCAUCAGCAUAAAAACACAGAGCUUUUAAGUUCAGUUUUUAACUGUUGUGUGUAUUUAUGCAUGAAGGUUAAUUUGAUGUCUACUUUUAAAAAAUAGUGUGUGUGCUCUUGCACUUGUAUGUUUGUGAAACGUUUUGAGCCUGGCUAAUGAUGCAGAAAGGUGUAUAUAACUGUGCCAUUUAUUCAUUAUGUACAUUUAUAGUGUAUAGAUCAAGGACUCACAACUACACACACUUACCGAAUAGAAACUGAGAUGAUCAAAAAUUAUAUUUAUCCUUUUUUUUUCCUGUUACGUAGCUGUGCAUUUAAACUUCGCUUCUUGGGCAUUUCACUGUACCUUUGCUUGAUCCUUGUUACAAGGUUGUUUGCACUUUCUAAACUUCUAGCAUAAUAAAAAUAUAUAUCAUUUAUUAUUUAUCCUCACAAAUUUUUGUGAUGAGGUCUCACAUGAAUCAAAAAUGCCAAUUAUCUGGAAUGUCUUCAAAUAUGCAUAAAUGUUAAUGAGACAACAGAUAGUGGUGAGAAAUGUUAAUUUUUCUUGCAUGUCAAUAGAUGCUGUGUCUGUAAUCUUGAAUAUAGUUCAGACAAAAUUUGUUAAGCACACAUUUAUGUGCAUGUUCAUGCACAAGAAAAAGUACAUAUCCUGCUAUGGACUGAUGGGUUUCAUGGAUAGUGAAGCAGCAAAACUCUUCACUCAUUGGUAUGUUGUUCUUUUAACUUUUGUUCCCCCUUUUAACUUUUUUUUUAUUGCAUUGUCUUUUUGCUGGGGAAUGCUUAGACACCUUGCUUCUUAUGCCUCUUGGGAGGAAAUACAAAUUAUACACUUAAGUAGUGAUGCUAUUUUCUGCAUUCAGAUAUUACAUUUUCAACAUCAUUUUCCUAUGGUGUUACAGUUUAAUGUUUUAGCACAUGAUUGUUUUAAAGCAAUGUUUGCAUUUGAACUUGAUAGUUAUUUAUGCGUUUAGCUUUUAUAUGUGGACUGUUGCAUCUUAACUUUGUUUAUAGACCUCCCUCCUCUGCGAAGGUUUCAAGUUUAUGUUGAGAAGGGUGGCAACAUGCAAAUGCAUUUAUUUUACAAAGCUUUCAGAACUUGUUUCCAGUUGCAAAUGUGUCAUUAAAGUUCAAGUUUCAAUAAGA